AUGCCCGUCUCGGACGACGGCAGCAGCCGCCCAAGCAGCGCAUUGGGUGGAGCUGGAGGGUCGCUUGGCCAAGCAGUUGCGGAGGCGUCCACCCCAGAGACGCCUAUUCCACUAUUGGACGACUUUCCUCCGACAGGCACACCCGACCACACCAAACUUGGCGGAUGGGAUCUGUGGAAAUCGAUGGGAUCGCCAAAGAGAGUGGUAGCGCCCAUGGUCGACCAGUCCGAACUCGCUUGGCGCGUCCUUUCCAGGCGGCACGGUUCUGAUUUGGUGUACACGCCCAUGAUCAACGCGCGAUCUUGGGUCGAUGCUGCCCGAGCUUCAGCGGCAAAAAGCUACAAGGAGGCCAACUUCAACAGGCUGCUGGGAGAGGAGGGCUCGAAUGCGGUGAAGAGCACAGCAGCGGAAGUCAAAGUCGACACUGACAGACCUCUGAUCGUACAGGUGAGCGUGGCGUCCAAUCUGGUUGCCACCAUCGCAGGAAACUGACACUUCACGUACCGCCUGCGUUCCAGUUCUGCGCAAACGACGCUGAUGCGUUAUUGAGCGCUGCAAAGGACGUCGAGGCGCACUGCGAUGCUGUGGAUCUCAAUCUGGGCUGCCCUCAGGGCAUUGCUCGGAAGGGACACUAUGGCGCCUUUUUGCAAGAAGACUGGCCACUCAUCUUCAGACUCAUCAACAAUCUCCACCUCCGCUUGCGCGUAGCAGUCACUGCCAAGAUGCGAGUGUAUCCCAAUGUUGAAAGGACCAUCGCAUAUGCCAGAAUGCUGGAGAGAGCGGGCGCGCAAAUCAUUACCGUGCACGGCCGAACUAGAGAUAUGAAGGGACAAAAGACUGGCCUCGCCGAUUGGAACAAAAUUCGUGCGGUCAAGGAGGCUGUCGGUGUACCAGUCAUUGCCAACGGAAAUGUGCUGUUCCCUGCGGAUGUCGAGGAAGCGCUGCGAGUGACGGGCGCAGACGCCGUCAUGUCCGCGGAGGGCAACCUGUACACGCCGACCAUCUUUGCCGACGCGCCCAGCUCUCCCUCGGCUCUGUAUCCUCUUGCACCUAGACUGCCAUUUCCCGACAUCAUAGUAUUGGCACGAGAGUAUCUGGACAUCGUAGCAACACUCAAAACCCCAACUGCAGUCUCUGCCAUUCGGUCACACCUCUUUCGACUGUGUCGCCCAGCCUUGGAAGUGCAUCGCGACAUGCGAGCGGAUCUUGGGCGAUCUCGGCCGAGCGGUAAAGAUCACAAAGCGACUGGCGAGGCGAGAGUGGACGGAUUCCGCGCCUUUGUGGAUGCCUUAGAAGAAAGACUCUCGGUGAGUGUGCUGCGUUCGUGCCCGACCAGAAACCUGCGUGCCUGACACCUAACAAUCACACUUGCAGCCCGACCGGACGAAUCCGAAAUAUCUGGAAGCGCCGGCGAUACCCCGAUACGGCUCGACGCCGUUGAGGCCAGAGGGAGCGUCAGCACUGGCUGAGGGAACAACGGACGAAGCUCGACCGACAUACGUUCCUCAUUGGCUGGCGCAACCAUACUUUCGGCCCGAAAAUCCUAUAGCCGAAGAGCUGACACCGGAACAGAAAGCAGCAAAUGCAGCAGCAAGAGCCGUGCGGAAGGCGGAGGCAAUGGCCAAGGAUGCUAAGAGGCUUGGCAGGUCGCAUGAGGGCAGUGCAGCCGCAUCAACCUCGUCGGUGGCAACCGCCGACAGCGCUGCGACACAGGAUAGGCCGGUAAAGACGAGAGACAUUCAAGCUGCGGGAGAGGCUGCUGCCGGUGGCUCUUCUGGGAUCAUCGGAAGCGUCAUGGAUUCUAUGCAUGGCAUACGCGAGGGACCAUCAUCAAAACGAGCAGGCGAGGCGGAAGGCGGAGUGCUGGCUGCCGGCGAAGAUGGUGCUCCUCUCUCCAAAAAGCUCCGUGUGGGUUGACUUGGCUGUCUACAAGUCCGUGCUUCUAUCUGGGCGGUGCCAAAUCCAGGACCUUUCCCAUGCAUUGUAUCCUACCGAUCAUCCUAGACUCGCUGCUGAGCGCAACACGCAAUCUGACAUUUUGUUCUGCUUUCGCGCUUGCCUCGAAAUCGCUCCGCAGGCUGCACUCGAACAGGCUUCGACACUCAAGGCGCAAGCUAAUGACAGCUUCGCAAAAGCGAGAUACGAUGAAGCCGCUGGCCUUUACAAUGAUGCCUUGAUUACUUUGCCAGUCCGACCCGAGCCCGAACCUGCAUCGGACGAGGAAAGCGGGUCAGAUCAAGUCGACGAUUCAAUUGGACCGGCGUCUGGAACAUCACAUCGGCACACUCCUGCUCAACACGUAUCAAGCUCAGGCUCAGGAAGCAAGGGCAAGGGCAAUGCCGAGAAUAGUCGAUUCGUAGAGCUCCGGGAAGAUGAGGAUCCAGAAGAAGCACUCUUGAUGCACGAGUGCGCUAAAACCCGGGCGGUCAUCUACGCGAAUCUCGCCGCGUGUCAUCUGAAGCUGGAAGACAAUGCUGGCGCUGUGAAGGCAUGCAACGAAGGUGAGCGGCCGCUUCGCUGCCAAGUGCAUGCGGGAGGUCGAGCGCUCAUGUGUCCCUCUUUUCAAAGGACAGCUUUGCUCGACGAUCCCGCGUACAUCAAGGCCCUCCAUCGACGUGCUCAGGCAAAUGAAACCAUCGGCAACUGGUCUUCCCUCAGCUCUGCUUUGGAUGGUGAGAGACCUACAGCUCGCUUAAGUUGCGCGUACACGCAAGACAAGCCCGCUGAAGCUGAGAGCGGACUCGUCAAUAUGCCAGAUUACAAGACUCUUUCGCAGAUGCGCGAGACGCCCGCUUCUUUGCGCGCGACGCUGCGCACAAAGCUGCAAACGCUUCCGCCGCGAAUUGAGGAAGUGGGCAAGAAGGAAAAGGAGGAGAUGAUGCGAAAGCUAAAGGGUGUAGGUGAUAGCGUGCUCGGUAAGUCGCUCCUCGGAAAAGAGUUGCAAAGCUUCAGACGCCGCAAGCUUGCACAGACUUACGCUUCUCCAACAUCCUCAUGCGGUCUCCCGCCAGGCUGGUUUGGGCUUUCGACGGACAAUUUCAAAAUCACGCAACAAGAGGGCGGUGGAUCUAGUAUACAGUUCGUGCCUAAUCAAGGCACUAAGAAAUGA